GACGUCACCGAGUUUCGACGUCACCCAGGGCGGCCUUCCCUGGGGAUUUAUUCGGGCCAAUAAUAUUUUAUUGAGCGCCUAUUGUGAAUCAGGCACCGUGUACUAAGCGUUGGAGAGACAGCUCUCGAGACCUGGAGAUGUGAAGGGCUGCAGGGAUUAUGCUCUUCCACAGUCUCUCCGAGUGCAGCUACUUUGGUUGUAGGGCCAUAUUUCUCCUGCUUCUAAACCCUUCCCCGACCAUAUAAGGAGAGGCAGCUGAUAGGGGCGUCCCCAGGAUCUAAAGAUAGCGGCCCCAGCCUCGGACUCCAAACGCCACCGGGCAGCGGGAGCCGCCAUGGCACGGCAGCAUGCCCGGACCCUGUGGUACGACAGGCCCAAGUAUGUGUUCAUGGAGUUUUGUGUUGAGGACAGCACGGACGUCCACGUGCUCAUAGAAGACCACCGCAUUGUGUUCAGCUGCAAGAAUGCGGAUGGAGUGGAGUUGUACAAUGAGAUUGAGUUCUACGCCAAGGUGAACUCCAAGGAUUCUCAGGAUAAGCGCUCUGGCCGCUCUAUUACUUGCUUUGUGAGGAAAUGGAAGGAAAAGGUAGCCUGGCCCCGGCUCACCAAGGAGGAUAUCAAGCCAGUGUGGUUGUCUGUGGACUUUGAUAACUGGAGAGACUGGGAAGGGGAUGAAGAGGUGGAGCUGGCUCAGGUGGAACAUUAUGCAGAGCUUUUGAAGAAGGUCAGCACCAAGAGACCUCCCCCUGCCAUGGAUGACCUGGAUGAUGAUUCUGACAGUGCAGAUGCAACAAGUAAUUAACUUAUGGGACAGGAGAGCUGGGGAGGAAACUGACUAUCUUCCAGUCAUUCUGACAAGCUAGGGCCUGGGCCUUCGUCUACUCUUUGGCUGUGCACCAGAGCCCUCUGGGAUGUCUGAACUUUCCUAGAAGCUCUUAAUGAGAGCUUUAUGCUUUAGUUCAUGCUUUAUUUCUCGUUCAUGCUUUAUUUCUCCUUCCUAGGCACUUGACUGUGGCUGCCGCAUCAGAUGGCAGGAUAGGAGAGGGGUAGACUGGGGCAGUAGGGCUUCUGACUUCGUACCAAUUGGCUGUAAUCUCCAUGUUGGGCCACUCAUAAGGGCUCCCUUGAGUAUUUCAGCAUGUGUGUGUAUGUGGGAGAGCAAAAGCCCAAGAAGCAGCGUAUAGAUUCUAAUAAAUUUCUAGGAACUGGUCUGUCUCUUUCUUUCUUGUACUUCUUCCUCCUGGAGGUAAUCUCUUCUUCCUCUAUAGUUGCUCUUAAGGGGCGGAGUGGGUAUCAGAGAUCCUGGCCCUCAUUGUUGGGACUGGAAGACGAUGUUGGGAGCAGGCUUAUAACCAAGGUGGGGGCCUUUCCAUGCACAGCUCUAUGCUCUGAUUUCUCAGAGCAGAAACCAACCUUGCACUAUAUGGCUAAUACUGCUAACCCUAGAAACCCACCUCAGCUUCCUGUACACUCCAGAAAUCUCUUUAUACUUUUAAAGCUAAUUUGUUACAUUAA